AUGUCUUAUCUAAAGAGAGAUAGAAAAGAUCAAUCUACAUCAUCAUCAAGACAGAUAAAGAAGUCAAAGAAGGAUGAAUCAUCAGAUGAUGACUAUUUAUCAGAUGACGAAAAACAACACAACAACAGACAACCAAAGAAAGCGUUGAUUCAAAAGUCACAAGUAGAUGAGAUCAAGAGAGCCAAGAGAGCGACUGAAAAGGAAAGAAUAGCCUCUGAAAAGAAACGUCUACAAGCAGAGAUUGACAAGGCCGAGAGAGAAAACAUGUCAAAGACGAGAAUGAAGAAGGAAAAGCACAAACAAGAAGCCGUCGACACAACCGAAGCAACCAAACAAAAGAGAAAGCAAUUAAUCUUGGAGUAUUUGAACUUGUAUCAAAAUCAACGUUCCGAUUGGAGAUUCAACAAAAUGACUCAAUGUCUUAUCAUUGACCACGUAUACGACAGAGAACUCGUACCUGAAAAGUACUUUGUCAUUGCAUUGGACUAUCUCAAUGGUCUACAAGGAAAAUCAAGAGAAGCUACCAUUGAACAAUUAAAAAAGAUUUGUAAACCAAAGGAAUCUGACAAUCAAGAUUCGGAUUCUUCUUCUUCAAGUGAAUCUGAACAAGACGACGAUGACGAAAACGACGAUGGAAAAGAUGUAAAGGAAAUAUGGAGAGUCGAAAGAGCAAAGAGACUAUUAAAGAAAUUAACUGGACAAGCUGAUGAAGAUGAUUCUGAUAUUUCAUCUGAUGAAGAAGUAGUAGAUAAAAAGAAACCAAAUAAUAAUAAUAAUAAUGUUGUAAAUAAGAAUAUCACAAAUAAUAAUAAUUCAAAAAAGGUAGAAGAAAGCGAUGAUACUAGUAGUAGCGAUGACAGUGAUGACACUAGCGAUGAAAGUUCAAGUUCAAGUGAAAGCGAAAGUGAAAGCGAUCAACAAGACAGUAGCGAUGAAAGUAGUUCAAGCGAUCGAACAAAUAAAUAA